AUGGCCAACGAACGCGAGAGACAACCAGGCGGUGACUCGCAGGCCAAUCAUGGGCCUAAUGCAAGGGCGCACGAGGGACUCCGCCUGCCUUCAUUGGGGAUGUCACACCAGUCUCGGAGCGACCUUUUCAGAACGGACGAAGGCCCACCUCCCACUCCACCAUAUCAGCUCGAUGUUUCCAAGUCGCAAGAGGUCAUCGAGCGAUCACAGCCCCCAGACUAUGAGCGUGAAGGCAAAGAAAAGCCUCACGUGCGCAUUCCAGACGAGGUUGCUAGGCCGCCAAGACCGGCUUUUCAUCGUGGAGCAUCGUCGAUGAGCUACGCGCCGAGUGUGGCUGGGAGUGACUUUGACGAUGACUUUGAGGAAGAGGUCUAUGACUGGUCCGAUGACGAUGAUUUGCUCGAGGAAGAGGCCAAGUUUGAACGCACCACCGGUCAGCGCAAAAAGGUCCGCACCGGGUGCGGUUUCACCAGAAUCGUUAUUUUCUUUUUCUCUACGCUCAUUGGCUCCACUAUCACCGCUGGUCUGCUUGCCACAGCUCCCAUCCUGCUUCGUAUCUAUUAUCUGAAACCACACCGCACCGAACAUCGCACCUACGUAACCGACACCGUUUCUGCUUGGCUUUUCUGGGCAGCUGCCAACGUGCUUGUGUCUUGGUACAUUGCCGUACUUAUCGAUCUUGUCCCCCACAUUAUUGCCUUUGCCGUGGAUACUGUCUGGGGCACCGUUUCGGAGCAGCUCAAGUCCAGGAUCGAGACCUAUAACGCAACCAAAGGAUGGAUUAAGCCUCCAUUUUAUGCUGCUACUGCCUGGGUUGCUUGGUACAUUCUUUUCGCUAAAAUAUUCAAGCUCUACAACCCCUCGGACGAAGAUGCCAGUGUCGCUUCCUACACUCCGAUCAUUUAUCAAGUCAUUAUGUUCAUUUUCUUCUUGACGCUCUUGUAUUGCGCGCAAAAGAUGAUCACCCAAUUCAUUGCCCUCUCGUUCCACAGGACCGCAUAUCAAGAACGUCUUGAUGCUGUCAGCACAGUCAUCAAAGUCAUUGACCAUCUCAGGGACUACAAACCCAAACGCAAAUCCCACCAUCCGAACCAGUCCUCUAGCUAUUUCGGCGGACGGAUCGAGCGUGACCCGUUGAUGAUGGAAGAAGGCGUCUCCGAAGGCGCCAAGGGCAAAGGAAAGCGCACGAGCAAAGGCUGGUUCAAGUCGUCGGACAAGAAACGGGCCCAAUCGCGCUCCCGCUCGAGUUCUCCCGACGGAGCAGACGAGCUUCUCGCACAGGCCGCGCGAACAGUCAAACGAGCUGUUUUGCACGAUGCUAGGAAUAUGCGCGGUCAGAAUGCCGCUGGUACUGGUGCCAACGAGGAAGACGAGACCGGACUCAAGUUCAAGAUUGGUAGCACAAAAGAGGCCAAGAAAAUCGCUCGUGACAUUUACUAUAACCUUAAAGCGGAUCGCCGUCGCAACUACCUCAUCCCUGCCGACUUUUUCCCUGCCUAUCCUACCCCAGAUGAUGCGCGUGCAGCAUUCAAGGUCUUUGACAAGGACGGAAACGACGAUAUCACCCGUGCCGAAAUCAAGACUAUGUGCGUAAAGGUUUAUCGCGAGCGUAGGUUCUUGAGUCGCAGUAUGAAGGAUAUCAGCGCCGCUAUCCAGACACUUGACAGAAUUUUGCUAUUCUUUGCAGCUGUCAUCUUGUUUUUCAUCUCGUUGAGCGUUUUUGGUGUGGCCAUUGGCGAUAGUCUUACUUCAGUCUAUUCGCUUGGUAUUGCUGCGAGUUUCAUCUUCAAGAACGCCGCUAGCUCUGCUUUUGAUGCGAUCAUGUUCAUCUUGUUACUCACACAAACGUCAGACGAAGUGGGAAACUUCGAAGGUCUUACCUUGCAAGUCGACUGGCGCACACCGCUCUCCAAACUCGAUGAAUUGGAGACCAAGAUGAACGAAUGGCUUGCAUCGGAUGACAGGGUGUUUGGAGUUGACGAUGGGUAUCCCUCACAACGGCACAUGGCAAGACUGGGGCAUGCGCAACGCACGCAAAACUGCCUUCCACGCUGCCGCUCAAUUCUACUGCCGACAGCUGGGCAUCACAUGCAACAACUCACCCAGCCCGUCCUCGUACAACAGUCCCGCCCCGAACUCGAACAGCGUUUGCGCUCCGAGGACAGGGAAGAGGUGACAGAUUUCCUCGGUUCGAGCGAGAACUUGGCCAGUCCCGGGGACGAGCCUACAGGAGAAACGGGGGCCGGUUUGGCUGCUCCCGAUUCGGCCGCUCCGGGCGCUACGACCGUCACCCCAAGCUGGUGCACUCGGAUGAAGAGCCGCAAGGGCGCGAACAGGGGUAUGGCCGAGGGUUAG